GACAAUUUAGUAAAAUAUAUCCACUGAUAUCCUAGUGUAGUUAAAAAAAGUUAAAGAUAUGCUACAAUCUCAACUUUUCAUUCAAAUCAUAAAACUCACGAAAUUCCUACAGUAACUUACCUGUCCUUGGAAAUUUUAUUUGAAAAACUCCUGCGGUCCAAUGAUUUCUUCUUAAGGUCCACUAAAUAUUACACUGCAUUAUGGGAAAUCAACUUGUUGGUAUAGCUCCAUCCCAGAUUUUUCCUGUUGAGCAUUAUUUGACUGAUCAUACAGACCUUCAGUUUGAUAUCAAUUUAGGCAGCACCAGGUUCUUCAAAGUUGCCAGAGCCAGAUCCCAGGAGGGUCUGAUUGUGGUGAAGGUGUUUGCUAUUCAUGACCCAACACUACCGUUGUCUACUUACCGCGACCGCAUAGAGGAGAUACGUAGCAAACUAGCAUCUGCCACCAACUGUCUGCCCUGUCAGCGAGUCAUUCUUACUGACCGGGCAGGAUUUUUGAUGAGAGGUUACAUAAAAUAUAGUUUGUAUGAUCGUAUAUCAACACGGCCCUUUCUAACCUUGCUUGAGAAGAAAUGGAUUGCUUUCCAAAUUCUUUAUGCACUCUUUCAGUGCCAUCGUCUUGGGAUCUGCCAUGGAGAUAUAAAGUUGGAAAAUAUACUAGUGACUUCGUGGCAUUGGGUUUUGUUGUCAGAUUUUGCAUCUUUCAAACCAACUCACCUGCCAGAAGACAACCCGGCUGAUUUCUCAUAUUUCUUCGACACUUCUAGGAGGCGAACUUGCUAUAUUGCUCCUGAAAGGUUUAUGAAAAGCCUUGCCUCAGAUAUGAGUCAGCUUUUGCCAUCUGAAGAGAAUAUCAAGAAAGGGGACCUAACACCUGCUAUGGACAUUUUCUCUGCAGGAUGUUGUCUGAUAGAACUGUUCACUGAUGGUCAGCCUCCAUUUGAUUUCUCACAGUUGUUGGCCUACCGCAGUGGGGAGUUCUCUGUGGAUAAGCACUUGGAAAAGAUAAAAGAUCCAGGAGUCAGAGCCCUGGUUCAAAGCAUGGUUCAACGAGAAUCUAGCAAAAGAUGUUCUGCAGAAGAUUACCUAUCCCAGGAAAGAGGAAAAGUUUUCCCUGAAUAUUUCUACACAUUUUUGCAGUCUUAUAUGUUGAUUUUCUCUUCAUCGACUCCUAUAUUGUCACCAGAUGAAAAAAUUGAAAGAUUGAAAAAAGACAUCAAGAACAUUGUGGACCUUAUGAAAACAGAAGAUAUAAAAGAAGAACAAAAUGGAGAGAAAGAAAAAGAGGAGAAGAAGACUAGCAGAAAUGAUCCUUUAGUUAUAAUUACUUCACUUGUUACAUCUUGUAUAAGAGGUCUUCACUUGGCCAACUCAAAGAUCCAGUGUCUGGAGAUCCUGCUAGAACUGGCCACACAUACGUCAGCAGACACAGUCUUGGACAGGAUACUGCCGUACAUUUUACAUCUGAUCCAAGAUCCAUCACACAGAGUGCGUGUGAGUGCUCUGCAUACUUUGACAAAGUGUCUCAGUCUGGUGCAAGAUAUUCCUCCCAGUGAUACUAAUGUCUUCCCAGAAUACAUUCUCCCAGCUCUGGCCAGCGUGGCCCAUGAUGAAGCAGUCAUUGUCAGGACAGCUUUUGCAGAGAAUAUUGCAGAAUUAGCAGCAACAGCUUUAAGGUUUCUGGAGUACUGCCAAGUGUUGAGUUUGUCCUCCGCUGAGCCUCCCAGACAGAGCUAUGACAAUGAACUGUUUGCUCUUCAUGAGAUGGUUCAACAAUCAGUGUCUGCUCUGCUUACGGACCCCCACAAUGUUGUCAAACAAACACUUAUUGAGAAUGGCAUCACCAAGCUCUGUGUGUUCUUUGGCAAACAGAAAGCCAAUGAUACGUUGCUCUCUCAUAUGAUCACUUUUCUCAAUGAUAAGAAUGACAAGCAGCUGCGGAUGUCAUUUUUCAAGUGCAUCGUUGGAGUAGCUACCUACAUAGGAGUACACUGCUCACCAAUUCUCUCUCCUCUUCUGCAACAGGGACUAACUGAUCCUGAGGAGUUUGUUGUAAGAGAAGCCAUCAACACCAUGUCAGCCCUGACUGAGCUGAGUCUGUUACACAAGCCUACAUUGUACGAUCUGUUGGCAGAGACUGCCUGCUUCUUAGUACAUCCUAGCCUGUGGAUCAGACAGGCAAUCGUUGGUUUCAUCAAAGCACUCGCUAAGACAUUAAACAUCGUGGAUGUCCAGUGUAAAGUGAUGUCAAUGAUCCAGCCAUUCCUUAAAACCCAAGUUAUUCAACUGGAUAAAGAGGUGCUUGUGCUGAGUGCUCUCCAGCCACCAGUGCCUAGACUGGUAUACGAUGUUGUUAUUCACUGCCAAGAUGUUGAUCUGUUCUUACAAACCCUGGCUGAGCGACAGAAGGCCCGCAAACUCAGCUCCCAUCCCACACUACCCUCCCUCUCCUCAAAGCAGAACAACGCCAUUCGAACACUGUUCAGUCGUCUGACCUCUGAAGGAAUGACGGAGCAAGUCGAGGACCAGCUGCUGUCCAUGGCCAAACACUUGCUCAAGAUCCACAAAUAUACAAACAGCAUGGAAACCAGUCCACCGAGAGAGUCAAAGAUUGACCUGAGCAGCCACAGGAACACAGUAGCGUGUCAGGCCAUUCCUCUCAGUCGCUCUGAUCAGCCCAAGUCCGACAACUCUGUUACUAUUUCAAGGCGAGGGGUAGAUGACUACACUAACCUCAGUGUGAUGAUGAACGAAGAGUGGAGAACUAUGUUUGGCAAUACGGAACCACCCUCCAGCUCCAAGCUCUCAGACAUUGGCAACAAAACGAACACCAACAACGUGGUGUCCAGUGAUAGUCAGGUGUCUCCCCAGCGCAGCAUGGACACAGAGUACAGCAUCCAGGAGCGCUCCUACAUACAGUAUCGAUAUGCUCCAUGUAAGCUGGAGCUGCGACGGCUGGUCUCGCGUAGACAAGAGUUGCAUGCAGCAGCUACAAGAGCCAAAGACUGGGCAGAACACGAGGCUUGGAUCCCUCCCCUCCCCCCUCCUGGCUGGAGACUGCGGGGCUCCUUGGUGGCACAUCUACACGAACACAAAGCUGCGGUCAACAGGCUGGUUCCUGUGACGGAGACUCCACUGUUUGCAAGUUGUUCCUCCGAUGGCUGCAUCCGCAUUUGGGACUGUGCCAAGAUGGAGGGUAGAAAUAUCGCCAACAGAUCUCGCCAGGUGUACAAUGGGCAUAGUGGCGCAUUGGUGGGAAUGACUCUGUGUCACAACAACCAAUCAGUGGCAACCAUUAGCAGCAGUGGAGCUGUCCUGGUGGUCAGGAUUGAAACUAGUACAAACAAAAUGUCCAUCUUGCAGAGCAGACAACUAGACCUUCAUGAGGAGGGGGCUGCAGUGGACAUCAGUCACCACGGGUCAGGCUCACAGAGUGUGCUGGUCUAUGCCACCAUGUUGGGUUGUAUCAUAGGUUGGGACCUGCGAGCCCCUGGCAUCGCGUGGAAACUGGAGAAUGAUUUGAGAAAAGGAGUGAUCUCAGCCAUGUGCCUGGACUCACGACAGUGUUACCUCGCACUAGGCACCAGCAGUGGCUACCACACUGUGUGGGACUUGCGCUUCCAGAUGCCUAUCACCUCCUUCCCACCACACCCAGUCGACAGGUCACCUCAGAGAAUCAGAAGACUUGUAAGACAUCCAUCAGAGUCCUCGUGGCUUUUGUCUGCCUCCCAGGGCCACAACGAAGUCACCAUGUGGAACAUGGAGAGUGGCAACCGUCAGGUCAUAUUGUGGGCUAGUCCUGCUCCCCCUCUCUCCACCUCACAGCCAAGUGCUCACAGUGUUUGUGGGAUGUUUGCUUCUAACGUGGACCGAUCUCCCUUUCUACUAACUGGAGGCAGUGACCAGCGAGUCCGCUACUGGGACCUCGAGAGUUACGAUAACUCCCGACUGGCCAUCCCAGCGGGCAGUGACACUCAGGGACUCAACUUCACAUACAAGUGUCGCAUGAUAGAUGGCACCAACGUAGUGCAGGAGGUUCAGAGAGGAUCUGGAGCCCCCACCAAGGCUCCCACAGGAGAGGAGAGUCCCCGUGCGGGGCCUGAUCCUCCCCCGCCAGGCCAUUACGACGGGAUCACUGACCUGGCCAUGUGUCAAGCGUCUCAGUGCUUCUUGGUCAGUGCAGCACGUGAUGGAGUCAUUAAGGUUUGGAAGUAACUACUGAACAAUCGCAAUUCCCAGGACAGUUCACAAAUUAAAUAUAUUCAUUUAUUGUUAAAUAGACAAACUCACCAGGCAGGUUUAUAAUUUAUUAAAUUUUCAAACAAAACAAGUUCAGCAGAAUAGAAGCGGUAAUUAAUUAAAAAAACAGAUUGCUUGGUAGUAAUAUUAUUUUUUCAUUUGUUUUAAGUUAGUAAUAGAUUGUUAUAUUUUUGCAUUGAUAGAUUUUAAAAUGUAUAUGUGAAUUUUUUUAAUAUUUUACGACAGAGCUUUAGUCUAAAAACAAAACUUAAAAAUAUGCACCCCAAUUGUUAGGUUUUUCAUCAAAGACUGGCAAAAAUGAGUAUUUUCACAAAUGACUGCUUCAGGCAUUGUUUUUAUAGGCCUAGCAUAAACUUGAAAUUGAAGUGUUUAAACGUUUACUUAACCAAUUUUACCAGUUUCUUAGCUCACAUGAUAGAUUCCUGUGUUUUAUGUAAGUAAAUAUGAUUUCCAUUUUAUUUAUUUUUCCUACAGUUACCUAACAAUGUACAUGUUCUCUCACUGAUUUGAGAAAGCAAAGUGGCCAAUUCACUCAUCAGUGAGACAAUGUUAACAUUGUCUCACUCUAAUUACUUUGUCUCACUCCAGAUUUGCAACGUGAAGGCACAAAAUGAGCGCGUAACAUGCAGACAAGGUCGUAUGCGCACGAAAUACGUUAGCAGCACUGGCUGUAAAUCAGCUGGUCAGCUGUUGUACUGUUGUAUUUGUCACUUCACAUUAAAUGUCAUAUUAAAAGUUCACUUCUGUGUAAAAAUAUGUUAGGUUUCUUUACCAAUUUAUUUGUUUUAUGGUAACUGUAGGAAAAAUUUAAUGUGCAACUCGAGUGCAAAGUGCAAUUGCUCACUAGUUGCACAAAUAACUAUAUCCAUCCUUUUUUGUCAUUAAUAAAUAUUUUAUCCAGAGAUUUUCCUGCUCAUAGUUUUAUUUGGAAUGUUUCAUAUCUUACUACCAUCUUACAAUGGUGUCUAUACCUUACUGCUUUGUCUGUCGAUUGUCAUGGUUUAGUUGUGUUGAGAACCCUCCAAAGAUGUAUAGAUUACAGUAUUGCUUUACAACUUUGUAAAUACUAUUUAUUUUUAUGAAUAUCUGUAUAUCUUGUUGA